AUGAUGACUCUGACUGAAAGGAAUCUCUCAUUAAUGAGUUAUGCCAUGAAGUUUGGUAUCAACAAGAAAUAGAAUUUUUAUACUCAAUAUGUUGGAGCUUCGGAUUAAUUGAUUUUGGCUUACAAUCACAGAUUAUUGGAUAAAGCAUAUUUUAUGUCGGAAUUAGAAUAUUCGAAUUAAACUGGGGAAUCAAGAGCUAUACUUGGCUAUAGACAGAAGUUUGCGAUUUCAGAAGUUAUAGUGACACUGAAUUCAAAUAUGAAAUUCAGUUCUGCACUAACACUUCAGGGAUUUGCUUAUUAAUUGAAAUUGUGCGCAAUUGCAGAUUAUCAUAAGGAUAGCUAUAAAUUUGGAUAUGGGAUAGCAAUGGGUUAAGUUUGA